UUAAGCAUAUGGAGGCCAAAUGGUUUUUUUAUCUCCAAAUAGGGUAAAAUCACCAAUUGUUGACAGUGUACCAACACAUACCUUAGAAUGAAUCCUAUGGUACUGAAGAUCAAGUAGAAUGCAACGAUCCAAACAGCUUCCGUGUAUUAGAAAGGUGUUGUAACAACAUACCUGAUGAAGAACUGUUGACAGAAGAAGAUAAAGCUGCUGGUUUAAUGUGUGACCAAACUGUAUUUGGUAAUCGAACUGCACCCUUAACAGAUGAAGAAAGACUGGAAUUAUAUGAGUGCAUGGAUGAAUGCUUCUACAAAGCAACUCAGCUGUUGACAGCUGACAUGAAGCUAAAUGAAACUGCUCUAAUAGCUGAGUAUGAUACUCCACUUGAAAAUUACCCCCAAUGGAAAGAACCCAUGGCCAAAGCUGUAAAAACAUGUAUAGAAAAAAAUGUUGUUUUGGAUGUAAAGCCUGAGGCCAAAUGCAAGAGUGGCGCAUAUCAAUUCUCUAACUGUUUUGGAGUAAAUCUAUAUUUGAAUUGCCCACCAGAAAACCGGAAAAUGGAUGAUGAAUGCACAAAAGCAAGGGAAAGAUUGGAGAAAUGCUAA